CACACUCACUGCACAAUACAGUAGGUCAGCCGAGGCUGCUGAAAGUCGACUAACAGCGUAACGCGUUUCUGACCCCAACACGAAAAAAAAGGCAGGUUGCUUGACACCAUGCUAGUCACCAAAGGCCCUCUGGUUUUCACAACAGUCCUGUGCAUAUCUACAGGUGUUCUGUGUCAGCAAAACUACAAUGUGACGUAUUCCUCUACCAGCAUCUGUGGUUUAAAGGGGUCAUUUGUGGACAUGUCCUGCACUUACUCAUAUCCAAGCGAUCGUCAAAUAAGAGAAACAUUCUGGCACAUCAGUUGGUUUCCUGAGAUACCAACAGACUUGAGUCUGGAUUCCAAAUAUCAGGGGCGUGUGGAAUAUCUUAGGGAUAAAGUGAACAACUGUAGUCUACGAAUCAAGGAUCUGAGAGAGAGUGACAUUAAGGAAAAAUACAGAUUCAGGUUGAGAACUGAUGACCCAAAGGGAACAUUCUCUGGAUCGGAGGUCUCUCUGUCUCUUACUGAUCUUCAUGUAACAGUAAGUCCAGCAACAGUGAAGGAGGGCGACAGAGUGACACUGACCUGCAGCACCACCUGCAGUCUGAGUAACAACCCCACCUACAUCUGGUACAGGAACUCACAGCCUCUGAGUAACAUACACACAACCAGCAGCAACACCCUGUCCAUACCCUCAUUUCGCAAGGAGGAUAAUGCCAAUUACUCCUGUGCUGUAAGAGGACAUGAGGCUCAGCCAUCACCGUCUGUUUUUGUCCAGAGUUGGCAAGACUACAAUGUGACGUAUUCCUCUACCAGCAUCUGUGGUUUUAAGGGGUCAUUUGUGGACAUCCCCUGCACUUACUCGUAUCCCAGCAAUCGUCAAAUCAUAGAAACAUUCUGGCACAUCAAUUGGUUUCCUGAUACACCAACAGACUUGAAUCAGGAUUCCAGAUAUCAGGGGCGUGUGGAAUAUCUUGGGGGUAACACAAAUAACUGCACCCUACGAAUCAAGGAUCUGAGAGAGAGUGACAUUAAGGGAAAAUACAGAUUCAGGUUGAGAACCGAUGACCCAAAAGGAACAUUCUCUGGAUCCGAGGUCUCUCUGUCUCUCACAGAUCUUCAUGUAACAGUGAGUCGAGAAUUUGUGUCAGCGGGAGAGAAGGUGACACUGACCUGCAGCAGCAUCUGCAGUCUGAGUAACAACCCCACCUACAUCUGGUACAAGAACUCACAGCCUCAUAAACACACAGCAGAUAACAGGCUGGCAAAAGACUCCGUCAGCGCUGAAGAUGCAGGUGAAUACUCCUGUGCUGUUCAGGGACAUGAGAUUCACAGUUCACCUGCACAGACUCUCAGUGUCAGAUAUGGCCCAAGACACACAUUAGCAUCAGUCCAUCCCUCUGGUGACCUGGUGGAGGGCAGCUCAGUGACUCUGACCUGCAGCAGUGAUGCCAACCCACCAGCACACCGAUACGCCUGGUAUAAGGAAACUGGAAAUCAAUCUUCACAAGUUGGAUCAAGUCAGAAUUACAGCCUUGCGGACAUCAACUCUGGACAGAGUGGACGCUAUUACUGCAUGGCAGAGAACGUGAUCGGACAGAACAGAUCUUCAGUGGUGGAGCUAAAUGUAAAAUGUAACUGCUGGACUCUUGUGGUUGGGGGCAUUAUUGGAGGUUUGCUGGCUGGCCUUGUGACUGGGGCUCUAUUUGGAGCUAUGGUCUACAAGAGAAUGACACAAGCCAGAGAGGGGAGAGGUUCCUCCACUGCAGAAAUGAGAGGCACCACCGCUGGAUCACGGGUAACGGACUCAAGUAAUGACACUUACACAGCUCUGAACCCUAGGACCAUAUCCCCGGAAUAUGACACUCUUGCAAAUCUGAAGGUCUCAGCUGAUGGCGCCACCUACACCCCUGCAGCUUCAGUCCCAACUGAGCUUCCAGACUACGAGAACUAAGGCAAGACAGAAUUACCUCAGAGCGAGAGUAACUAUAUGCAUGUGACAAUAAACUUCCUUGGAUCCGCC